CGCAUGCGCAUACUGCAGCCAGGUUGCGGAUCAGGGCGUCUUGUCUCGACGUCGAGGUGCGUGGCAAACAGCCGAGCGUACGCCGUCUCGUUAGGUGACGUAGUUGCCCCUGGUAACCAGAAGAGUCGCUGCGAGGAUGGGUUUGUUGUCUAUUUUGCGUAAACUGAAAAGUGCCCCCGACCAGGAGGUAAGAAUUCUGCUCCUGGGACUGGACAAUGCCGGCAAAACCACACUGCUCAAACAGCUCGCAUCCGAGGAUAUCAGCCACAUCACACCUACACAGGGUUUUAACAUCAAGAGUGUACAGUCCCAGGGUUUCAAGCUUAAUGUAUGGGAUAUUGGAGGACAGAGAAAAAUCAGGCCGUACUGGAGGAACUAUUUUGAAAAUACUGAUGUUCUUAUCUAUUUGAUUGACAGUGCUGACAGAAAGCGAUUUGAAGAAACUGGUCAGGAACUUGCAGAACUUCUGGAUGAGGAGAAGUUAAGUGGGGUCCCAGUGCUGAUCUUUGCUAAUAAACAAGAUUUAUUGACGGCUGCACCAGCUUCUGAAAUUGCUGAAGGCCUAAAUCUACACACAAUCCGGGACAGAGUUUGGCAAAUUCAGUCAUGUUCUGCCCUCACAGGAGAAGGGGUACAAGAUGGAAUGAAUUGGGUCUGCAAAAAUGUAAACGCAAAGAAGAAAUAAAACCAGAUCAAUAAAUAAAUCCACUGGACAGAAAAAAGUUCAUUGAUGGAAUGAAUUGGAUGGAAUGAAUUGGGUCUGCAAAAAUGAAAACGCAAAGAAGAAAUAAAACCAGAUCUAUAAAUCCACUGGAUGGAAAAAAAACAAACAAAUGUUUCCACCUACCUUUUUAAAAAGAACUAAGAGGUCAUGCCAUUUUUUUCCUUCUAUAUACAAUUCAUUUCUAUGCUGCCCUUCAGUAGGUCAUUUACAGUAUUGCAUGUCCACAUUGUUUUUGUUUCCUUUUGUCCGCCAGGCAUUUUUGUAAUCUAUUUUUUGUAAUUAUAUAUAGAUAUAUAUAUAUAUCUCUUUUAAACAUUAGCUAAUAGAUAUAAGACACCAGACUCCAUGUCUUCUUUCAACCUGACAGGUAUCAUUCCAUUGUUGUAACCAAAAUUGUGCUGUUUGCUGCAUUCCAGAAUAUGAAACCUAAAUAGACAAAGUCACUCAUUGUAGUUCACAAUGUUGUGAAAGGAAUUAAAAGAGACUGUAAAAAUAUAAAAGUAUUUUUAUAUUAGACGUUGGGUGUAUUGGUGAACACGACUGAGAGGGAAAAUAAGGAGGCAGCAUGUGGGGCCAGUUGGAAACUCUGAUAUGAAGGUAACUUUAUGGAAGAUCUUAUUUAAUGACUAUUUAGACAUGUCUCAUAACUAGUAAAAUGCCAUCUAUGUAUAAUAGACAUUCUACAUUGUUGGCAUUUAAUGGUUUAUUAGCAAGCUGUUAGACCCAUCUCUCAUCUCUAAAGAAUGGAAGAAUACAGGGACACUUCACUGCCUGGUGUUGAAUUUGGGAAAAUAUUACAGACAAUUGGCUUUUUGCCCUUUGAUAAAUGUGCCCCUAUAAGGUGAUGAAAAUAUUUUCUACUGGAAAAGCAUAAACCUUCUGUUUUGUACCAUUGUAUACUGUUUAUCAUCAGCCCGACAUGCAUUUGCAUUGUCUCAAAACCAAGGUCUCUGUUAUGUUAAAGGGGAGCUAUCGCGAAAAUAAAAAUUUAAUAUAAGCUUCAUCAUAUAAAUCAGAAACUUUGUAAAUACGAUCAAUUAAAUAUUCUGCAUUGUUUCUGAAAUAAUCAAGUUUAUGUUCACUAUUCCUCUCUCAGCAUCUGUUUCUCAUCAUUCUGUCUUCAUGCAGCAGUUGAGUGUCAGAUGAAUGAUCCAAUAUAUCUUAUGGGGGGGCUUCCUUUCUUGGCAGAUGAAUUAGAGCUCACUCAAAUAACUGAUUCCAGUACAAACAAAAUAACGCAGUUUGCACAAAUCCUGCAUGUAGAGAGAGCAGGAUUUCUGGUGAUUUUAAUAGAGUGAGCUCUAAUACAUCUUCUAGGCAAAAGGAGCCCCCCUAUAAGAUAUAUUGGAUCUAACUGUUUACCUUUAUUAUUCCUACUUGACUUCAGAUACCAUUGCUUCCAGGCUUUUCUAGGACCAAGUGACUGCAGUUUCCCUUGUAAGUUUAUUCUUUGUUUCUAAAGAACUAAGUUAGGAGAUCAGGCCCUGGCCUUAUAAUGCAGGGCUGUGGGUAAUAACUCCUAUCCACUGUAGCGCCCAAGUCUGAAUUGCAUCUUCUGUUGGUAAUGAGUGAAUUUCUCAAACACGUUGAUCCAGAAGGCAAUAACACUACUAAAUCUGUUGGUUUUAUACCUACACCUUCAAUAAAGUCUACUUUAUCUUCCACACAAA